CCGUUCAGCCGAGGCCCGUUUAAAUGGUCUCCAGGCCGCUAGAGCAAGGGGACGGUGCCUACGCACCGUAUGCUUCGACUGCGGUGCCAAGAACCCGACGUGGUCAAGCAUUACCUAUGGCGUCUUCAUUUGCAUGGAUUGUUCAGCGAUACACCGAGGUCUCGGCGUGCAUCUGUCGUUUGUGCGUUCGAUACAACUGGACACGAAUUGGACGUGGUUGCAGCUGAGAGCGGUUCAAGUGGGCGGAAACGCUAAAGCGGUGCAAUUUUUCCGUCGCCAUGGUUGUACAUCUACGGACGCCCAGCAGAAGUAUAGCAGUCGCGCCGCUCGACUGUAUCGGGACAAGUUACACCAAGCGGCGCUAAGCGCGCAACGCAAAUUUGGCAGAAAGGUUCAGGAAGUAAAAAGUGUGAUGUUAUUGUCCCUUUGCUGCUUUAUGCUUAAAACCGGCAACAGCAAGACAUUUUCAACUUCCAUGAAGUCAACAGCGUUCACGUCAUCAGCAGGCGGCAAGGAACAGAUUUGA